CUCCUCUGCUUUUGUUAUUAUUUCACCAACAUCUUCCCUUCUUCCUGUCUUCCACCGGAUCGUCCUCUGUUUUCGCUCCUGUUUCUUCUUCUUCUUCUUCUUCUUCUUCUUCUUCUUCUUCUUCUUCUUUCUUCUUGUUUUUGUUACUGUUUCAGUUUCUAUAUUUGCUCUCCUUCGCGCAGUGUUAAGACUCUCGCACGUUAGCAUCAAGAUGGCUCAACGCACUUCAGAUGCAUCUAAAUCUCUUCCUGCUGAUAAAAGAGGGGGGACCCAAGGAAAUAACUCACUCGUUGUUUGUUUUGGGGAGAUGUUGAUAGAUUUUGUUCCAACUGUUAAUGGAGUUUCACUUGCAGAAGCACCUACAUUUAAGAAAGUUCCAGGUGGGGCUCCAGCUAAUGUUGCUGUUGGGAUAUCAAGACUGGGAGGAUCAUCAGCUUUUAUUGGCAAGGUAGGUGAUGAUGAGUUUGGGCACAUGUUAGCUGACAUUUUGAAGCAAAAUAAUGUCAACAUUUCUGGCGUGCGGUUUGAUUCUGGUGCACGGACUGCUCUAGCAUUUGUUACACUUAGAGCUGAUGGCGAGCGAGAAUUUUUGUUUUUCCGCCAUCCAAGUGCAGAUAUGCUUCUUCGUGAGUCAGAACUUGAUGUGGGCCUUAUUAAGAAGGCAACUAUCUUUCAUUAUGGCUCAAUUAGUUUGAUUGAGGAACCAUGUCGUUCAACACAUCUUUCUGCAAUGAACAUUGCAAAAAGGUCCGGUAGCAUCCUCUCUUAUGAUCCAAAUUUGAGAUUGCCACUAUGGCCAUCAGCGGAGGCUGCUAGGCAGGGCAUAAUGAGUAUAUGGGACCAAGCAGACAUCAUCAAGAUAAGCGAGGAAGAAAUCUCAUUCUUGACGGGAGGUGAUGAUCCUUAUGAUGAUAAUGUGGUGUUAAAGAAGCUUUUCCGUCCUAAUCUUAAACUUUUGCUUGUAACUGAAGGGCAAAAAGGAUGCAGGUAUUACACCAAGGAAUUUAAGGGUAAGGUUGGUGGUGUUAAAGUUAAAUCCAUUGACACAACUGGUGCUGGUGAUGCAUUUGUCAGUGGGAUACUGAGCAGUUUGGCAUCUGACCUAAAUCUGUAUAAGGAUGAGAAGCGGUUAAGGGAAGCUAUUUUAUUUGCAAAUGCCUGUGGUGCCCUCACGGUUACAGAAAGAGGAGCAAUUCCUGCCAUGCCCACAAGACAAGCAGUCCUUCAAAUCUUGUCCACAUAAGAUGCAUGAUCAGAAAGCAUCAUCCCUCAUGUGAAUUGUAUCCAACUAAUGUUGUUUGAGUUUCCCUUUCCAAGGCUUGAUCUCUGUUCCUGCCUUGCCCACAAGAGAUGCACUCCUUCAAAUCUUGCCCAAGCUAGAUGCAUGAUCAGAAAGCAUCAUCCCUCCUUUAAAUUUGUUGUAUCCAACUAAUGCAGCUUGAGAUUCCUUUCUAAGGAGUGAUAUCUGUUCUUCAUUUGGUUCUUUUUUCAGUCCCAGUUUGUCACUUAAGCAAAUUGGUACGGCCAUUGAUUU